GUUUAUUUUCACCUUAAGUGCUCAUAUUUUGGUUCCACUAGUUUCUUCUAGUACAUUUCUUUCAUCAACUCAUUUCCAUUUCUAACCACAAUUUCUUUGUUUUUGGGGGCAAAAUGACUAAUGAAGCUGUUCUGUUGGAUACCUAUGUGAGCGUGUUUGGUAUGAGGGUAAGAAUUGCACUAGCUGAAAAGGGUAUUCAAUAUGAAUACAAGGAGCAAGAUUUGAGUAAUAAAAGUUCCCUUCUACUACAAAUGAACCCAAUUCACAAGAAAAUUCCAGUCUUAGUCCACAAUGGAAAACCAAUAUGUGAGUCCCUCAUAAUUGUUCAAUAUAUAGAUGAAGUUUGGAAGGACAAAUCCCCUUUGAUGCCAUCUGAUCCUUACAAAAGAGCUCAAGCUAGGUUCUGGGCUGAUUUCAUUGACAAAAAGAUCUAUGAUGCUGGAAGGAAAAUAUGGGCUACAAAAGGGGAAGAACAAGAAGCGGGCAAGAAAGAAUUCAUAGAGUGCCUAAAGUUAUUGGAAAAAGAAUUGGGAGAUCAACCAUAUUUCAAUGGGGAAAAUUUUGGAUUUGUGGAUGUGGCCUUAAUUCCUUUCUAUAGUUGGUUCCCUGCUUAUGAGAAAUGUGGAAAUUUUAGCAUGGAGGCAGAAUGUCCAAAGCUGGUAGCAUGGGCCAAGAAUUGUAUGCAAAAAGAUAGUGUCGCCAAAUCUCUCGCUGAGCCUGAUAAAGUUUACGACUAUUUGUUGAAAUUGAAACAGCGUCUCGGCAUUGCAUAGGGGUGUCAAAUGGACGGGUUAUCAAUAUUAUGAAAAUAAUAGUCUGAUAAAAAAAAUUAGAGAGGAAUAAUGUUAGGCGUGUGUUAGUGUGCUUUAUGUUUCUACUUGAUGUUGGAAACUAAUAGUAGUAAAAUAAAUUUACUAGCGUAUGGGUCCUAGGGAUAGAAUAAGUGUGAUCUUUAGAAUUGGAUGCGUUUGAAAGUCUUCUGUAAUAAUAAUAAUAUGGACGGAAAAUAAAGAUGGUACUUAUGUGCUC